GGAUCUGUCCACUGCAUUCAUCCGUUUAACGGCUCCUCCGAGCCAUGGCGGAUCAUGCUAAUGAAAUCAUUUAUCGUUGAAUGACCUUCCGUUCACGACUAGAGUUCUGCAAUUUGUCACGUGACUUUUCUUCUCUCUCUCUCUCCUCCCCUCUCCCGGCGUCCGUCUGUGCAGGUUGCACGCGCGUGUUCGCAUGCCAGGGGCACGUAUCACGCGACGUAGCGCGCCGUAAUUAACGUGAUCUGUGCGGGACAUCUGUACAUACACCGACACACGACAUUCAAUCGCAGGAGAUAAGAAAGCUCAGUGCACAGCCACACCGCCACCCCUUUAACCUGUCUACAGGGUGGACCUCAUGACACGAGGACCGGGUGUGUGUCUGUCUGCACCUUGUUAUAACUACGUAGACAUUGAUAAACUGUUUAUGCAGCUUUGGUAUCUAAGUAUUUUACUCUCUUUGGGUAUCUAAGUAUUAUGGGUAUUUGUAGUAACUUUAGGUUUGAAAUGUUUUUAAUCUGGAGACUACGACUCCGAUGUCUUCAUAAUUUGGUCGAAAGGAUUCUCAGGUCACGUGACGUUGACAUGAUGCUAGCUAACCAAUAUCAUUGGAACGAAAAUUGAGGAAACAGAAAAGGUGAGAUUUUAACAACAUACAACAAAGAAAAAAGAAGAAAAAUGUGUAAAGUCUAUCAAAGCGACAAAGGACCCUGUACAACUUUCUCAGGUCGCAGUGCAACUAGUCUCCGGCAUUGGGCGUUUGACAGGUUCCACUGUAGGAACUAGAGGUCCCCUCCGUGUGUAUGCAACGUCCCAGCAUGUCAGGUGCGCUGUCACACCGGUGUUUUUACCUGGCUGUCUGUGUCACAGCACAAAGCAGUCGCCAUGCUCAACAUGACUAACAUCCCGGACACGAUCAGAGAGGACGGUGACACGUGAUCACCCAGACCCCUCCACGCUCCUCCCUUUCCACAUCCAGUGUGGAUCGGAGUAAAAUACAUGUUUUGUUUACUUCUCUACUUCAUGUUUAUUGUGCUGGACGUGUGUGCAGAACAUGUUCUCGGGUCGUAAGAAGAAAAUAGAUAUUUGGACACAAGAUAUAUUCCGAGGUGUCAGUGCGAUGUUGUAAAUAUUUCUGGUGAUUCCUUGGACGGUAACUUGAGAUCAUGUGACAGAUGAAGGAUGUACUGUUGUGCUGCUGUGUUGGCUGAUGAACCUCCAGACGACAUCCAUGACGUGUUCCAAGCCAACCUGCCCGCCAUCUUCCGCUCAGCAGGGGAGGUCACUGGAGCAGCAGGGGAGGUCACUGGAGCAGCAGGCCCAUCCUCUCAGCGCCGACACCGUGUACAAGAUGGCGGAGAGUGUGCGCCUGCGCAGUGCGUCCCUGUCGCGGCGUUGUGCUGUGCAGCAACUGCUGCAGCCCGACAGCAGGACGUUGCGACCUUCUCCCGUCAUGCAUCAGUGCUCGGACAUGCGGCCAACCAGUCAGCCAGUGCGCCAUCACUCGGCGAUGCUGUCCCCCUGCUCGGCUCGAGAGUUGCCGUUGCACGUGCAUACAUCUCAUCGUCGUCUGGAGCGCCCUCUGACGGCAGCAGCUUCAGGACCCCUAGAAGGCCCUGCAGUGGGAGACCACAGAGAGGACUUUUGUGCUGGUGGCGUCAGCAGGGUGGCGAUCAGUCCCGGGUACGUCAGACGGGUGGAGAUCACAGCCAGGGGUGUCCCGCGGCUUGACCUUUCGAACUGCGAUGACAGUUGCUGCCUGGACUUGUGCUCACAGAAACCUGAGCCUUCAGACCAAAGGUCUAACACGAGUGAAAAUCCAAGUCGCUCGAGUGUCGCGCAUCACUUCCGUGAAGUCCUAGGGGGCGCCAGGGCCUGGCAGGAAGGGAGCGAGACCUGCAGUCCAGGCCGAGGGCAGGGUCCGGAACUCAGCAGCUUUCUCUCACUCGACCUCAGGGAAAAGAGUUUCUUGGCUUCGACCUCAACCUCGCUACUCGCUCCAGGAGUGACGCACGUGCCAGUCCGACACACCUUCACACGAGGAGAGAUGACAAGUUCAGGUGCGAUCGUCGCGCGGCAAGAACCCACGGUCAUCGACAACGAAUUCAACUCCGCCAGCAACGACUGCCGCGAGGAACGUGCUGCGCCCUCUGUUGGUGAACAGGAUGCCAGCAUGCCGGGAGGUGAAUGUCUGGAGGUGAAUUCUGAUGACAGGAGCUCUGACAAGGGCAAUAACCCUGAUUUGGCGUCGAGCUAUGGACAGAGUGGAGGAAUCAUCAGAUCGGAAGGUGCUUCCAAAAUGGCGUCGACAUCCCCAGACAUUGUGGUUCUGCGCGGUGAGCCCUCCACUCCUCUCUUCUUCUGCAGCCUGAAGCACAUGAACUCCAAGAUUUACCUGGGCAGGGCGACGAGAAGUCUGGCAAGUAGCAAAGUAGGAGAACGACGCCUUACCUCCAGGACGACAGCAGGCGAUGUGCUUUUCCCUGCUUUCGUGAGCCCCAGGAAGUCCAAGCUUGUACAGAAACCUCAUUGUAAAGGCUUCUUCGGUCCUCCACUCCUUGCUAAGGACAGGCAGAUCGCAAAUCCUUCGUUCUUCGCAGGGUCUGACCUGCCGUACAGCCUGCCAGAAAGGCUCCCAGAUGUUCUGGAGUUUACAGACAGAGCCACUCGAGUCACAGACCCCACCCCCACAUUCUUCAGGUCAUCGUCCGGAUUUUUCACUCCCAGAGGCACUACAGGCACCAGACCUGUCGCCAUGUGAACUAACAAGUGGUUUUUUAGGGGGAGAAGUGUUGGGGGAGUGAGGGCACCUUUCAGUUUUGGCGCCACCUGUGAAAGAUUGUCUCCCUUUCCAUAUGAGACAACAAGCUGUUAGUACAGUAUAGUACAGUUAGUACAACCAGUACAGCUGUCAUGAUUCGCUUUUACCACGGUCCCUUCACCUACCCGCAAGAGAGAUGCUUGAUGGCGUAGUACACGACAAGUGUCAACCUUGCUAAAUGAAUUUGCACACUGAAGAGAAGAAUUGGUAAAUGGGAAGAAUAAGUGAGUGCGCAUGAAGAAUGCGCUAGAGGGCGCUGGAAGAAGAAAAUCCAGAUAAUUAUCCUGACUCGACUACGACAGCACGCUAACGGACAAUUGCAAAGUUUCAGAACAUAUGGAGAUGUCUUAUUUGAAACUCGUAUUCUUUUGUACGCACGCUUAGAGGAACACACACGCACACACGCUCGUACACGCACGCGAGCUCACACACACACACAAGCGUGCGCGUAAGAACACGUGCACACAGCGAGGUGAUGUGAACUGUUUGAUGCAAGGGGGACAACUGCUACAAUCCACCUCUGAGCGUGUGAAUCACUUGUUACUUGAAGCUCGAUGCCGGCCGAGAAAAGUGACUCAAGGGAAAUAAUCGCAGCAACUGAACGACAUUUUACAGGAGUGCAGUCCCUUUGACAUUGCGGCCUUACGAUACGCCAUUGUGCGAUACGUAUCGCUUUUCUGGCGCUCCAUGUCAGUCUGCGCGAAUGUGUGGGUGUGGUGUUAUUGUUCUCUAAACGCGUUUGAGUUUAUAAAUUUAUUACACAUUA